AUGAGGAUACCCAAGACAGUCAAGGACAUUCAGAGCCUUAUAGGGCGCGUCGCAGCCCUGACCAGGUUUAUAUCCAAGGCUGCUGAUCGCUGCGCCCCAUUCUUCAAAGCACUCAAAGGUAACAAGCAAAACAUUACAUGGACUGCCGAAUGUGACAAGGCUUUUAGCGAGCUGAAGGAGCCGGGCCCCCUUAUUUUCAACCCCCGAGCCUGGAGACACCCUUACAAUUUACCUCUCCGUAUCGGCUACAGCGUCAACCAUGACUUCACGGCCAAGGACGUCUUUAUGAUAGCUUACCUCCAGCAUACCCGACACUUGCUUGCAACCUUUGACGCUCAUCUUAUAAGCCAAGUUCCACGCUCUGAGAACAGCCAUGCUGAUGCAUUGGCCAGGCUAGCCUCAGCCUUGGAGCAGGGCAUAGGUCGUCACAUCCACAUCGAGUUCUUGGACCAGCCCAGCACACAAGCCCCACUUAUCUGUACCAUUGAUCACAGCCCUACAUGGAUGGACCCCAUCCUUAAGUUUUUGCAGAACCAAACACUACCGGCUGAUUCUGCUGAAGCACGACGCAUUCGCUAUCGCUCUACCCGAUACCUGAUCCUUAACGGCUCCCUAUACAAGUGGGGCUUCAGCCUUACCUACUUUCGGUGUCUGACUCCAGAGGAAGGUAAUUAUGUUAUUCAAGAAAUUCAUAAAGGCAUCUGCGGCAACCACUCAGGCACACGCUCACUAGCUCAUAAGGCAAUUCGCCAAGGAUACUUCUGGCCCUCACUCCACACUGAUGCCCAGGCCUUCACCCAGAAGUGCGAUAAGUGUCAGCGAUUUACCAACAUUCCACAACUUCUAGCUGAACCAUUGACAGCCAUGGUCAGUCCUUGGCUAUUUGCCUAA